AGUUUUUCUUGCAGCUGUCAUCUUUGACAGUCGCUAAAACGCAUACAACGACAUUUCUUUCUCAACGCACGAAUUAAGCGGUUAAAUUAAGAAAGUUUUGUGCAAAAACGACAAAAUCCGCGUGCUAAAUUAAGCAGGAACUUAAUAACAUUAAGAAAAUAAAUCUGAGGGCACAUAGAGGAAAUAAAACUUGAUUUCAACAUUGCCGAGGGGAAAAUCGUGCGAUCGUUCGGGCAUAGAAGAAAAUAGAACAAAAGCGACCGAAAGAGUCUCAUCUUUAUUAAAAAAAAAAAGUGAAAAUAGCAAUACGCUAACGAUAUGUCAGGAAUAGCAAUUACACGCUUAGGUGAGGAACGCAAAGCAUGGCGUAAGGACCAUCCAUUCGGCUUUGUCGCCCGUCCAGCCAAAAAUCCAGAUGGCACUCUCAAUCUUAUGAUUUGGGAAUGUGCGAUUCCCGGUAAGAAGGGCACUGCUUGGGAAGGUGGUCUGUACAAGUUGCGUAUGAUCUUCAAAGAUGAUUAUCCCACAUCGCCACCAAAAUGUAAAUUCGAACCACCACUAUUCCAUCCAAACGUGUAUCCGUCUGGUACGGUUUGUUUGUCAUUGUUGGAUGAGGAGAAAGAUUGGCGUCCCGCCAUUACCAUUAAACAGAUAUUGCUCGGCAUUCAAGAUUUGCUGAAUGAACCGAACAUUAAGGAUCCAGCGCAGGCAGAAGCAUACACAAUCUAUUGUCAAAAUCGUUUGGAGUAUGAAAAACGUGUGCGGGCACAGGCACGUGCAAUGGCUGCCACUGAAUAGGAGGACGAAUAAACUGCAUUUCGCACAUACAUAAAUUCAUAUAUUAGUAGUUAGGAGACGAGAAAUAAGGGUAAAAACAGAGGAGCGUAGUUAAAACGGCGUGCGAAUAGUUGAAAGCGCGUUUGUACUGCGUUUAGACGUAAACGGUGAUGUAAAGCAUUUUCGAAAAUGCUCUAAUGCUAGUGUUCUCCAAUAUUCGGGGACAAACUAAUUAUUUAAAUUAUUACUGUAUUUGUCUAUAUAUAUGCUCCUACUUUUUAAUGAAAUAAAUCUAAUGUAUUUACACAUGAAUUUAAAAGAUAUAAAUAAAAGGAAAUGUAAAGAUGUGUGACAUGCGAGUGGGCUACAUCUAAACAUA